AUGACGACCACCAAAGUUGUCAAAGUCUGUGAGGCUAUGGAGAGCCGUGGGCUGAACCCCCUGGACCACCUUCCACCACCCGCGAGUUCCAACAAGCCAUUAACCCCCUUCAGCAUCGCAGACAUCCUCAGCAAACCGACUGUCAAACGAACUCACAAGAUCCACCGGCUUCCAGCAUCAGAGAGACCCCGGCAAAGCAUCACUAUAUCACGGCAGACUCUCAUCACUCAAACAUCGCCUCUGUGUGCUCUUCAGGAACUGGCCAGCAAAACGUUCAAAGGUCUCGAAUUAGGUGUACUCCAAGCAGCAGAAGGAAGGGAUGGGCUGACUGUGUUUUGUCAAAGGGACAGUCCCAAAAAGCGCCGAAAAUCUAGAACGGCCUUCACUAACCACCAGUUAUAUGAACUAGAGAAAAGGUUUCACCAUCAGAAAUACUUGUCACCUGCCGACAGAGACCGAAUUGCCCAUCAGCUGGGGCUGACAAAUGCGCAGGUCAUAACCUGGUUCCAGAAUCGACGGGCAAAACUAAAGCGAGAUCUGGAGGAGCUGAAAGCGGACGUGGAGUCAGUCAGAUCCACAGGUGAAGUGCCUCUGGAUAAAAUCGCUAAACUGGCCGAUCUGGAGAGGUGUGCGGUUGGAGCCACGGGGCAUCCUGGGUCUGAGUGCUCGCCACGGCUGGGUCAAGAGUACAAGAGUGUGCACAAAUUAUGUCUGUCCCCCAUGUCGUCUCUCUCAGACCACACAAGUCAAGAAGACUACUCCGAGGACGAGGAUGUGGAAAUAGACGUCGAUGUCUGA